GUGCAAGUUUUCAAGGAUAUUGAUAAAUCCAGUAAAUUUUCUAAUUUCUGAAAACUGUAAUUAUCGAGGUCAACUCAUGUAUGGUCUUAAUAAAAAGGCCGGUAAACCCAAUUUUAAACACAAAUCUAGCAAAACUCAUUGAGGAGAAUGGCGAGUCUUUUAGCAGACGUUCCACGGAUGGUGAUUGGGGGUAUAAUAAUUGAUGCUUUAUCAUUAAUUAUCCAUGUAAUAGGAUUUUCUACUACUUAUUGGUACAAACCAGAUGAUACAGUUCACUUUGGAUUAUGGAAAACGUGUGGUCAAGCACAAAAGGGAAUACCAGAAAUAUGUAUUGAUAUUGAAGAUUUUCCUGUGUCGAUACUCAACGACAGUUUUAAAGCAGCUAGAGCUUUGGAAUGCCUUGCCCUUGUGUCAUUUGUAGCGGCUUUGAUUAUUGCUGUCUUAAAAGUAUUUGUACUGAAGGAAAAAGGAAUACUGAAUUUUGUUGCAGGCUUGCUCAAUCUUAUGGCAGGAGGACUUACAUUGAUUGGAGUAUGCGUCUUUGCAACAAUGCAAUUUCUCGGAGAUAAGCUUGAUUCGUCCAAGUUUCAUUACUCUUUCGGUUUAUGUAUCGUUAGUGGUAUCGGAGGUUUGAUAUCUGGAAUUGUUUUCAUCAGAUCUUGGAGGAAAUAACAAAUACACUAUUUUGAAUGUUUAGUAGUUAGUAUUUUAUACUGUAAAGAAAUCGUGUUUAAAGAACAAAGUUGUGUACUUUUUAUAUAACACAUUUGUAUUGUAACUAAUUUUCAUUAUGAUUUCCAUUAAAUGUUGUCAUUAAAUCAAA